AUGGCAGCGGUUCUGUCCGAAGUAGACCACACGUACAAAGCCAAGUUCGCAGAGAUCAUCACUGGCACAUGUUGUGGAGCAGUGACCGAGACAGUCGUGGCCUUGUCGUCAAGUUUGGUGUAG